AUGGGCAGGCUCGUCGGGCUAGAGCUCGGAGCGUGGCGGAAUCCCCGCUUCGGCGUAUGUAUCCAAGAUCGCGACCGGGCGGCGGGAACAGGGCGGACGUGGCUCAACGCAACUUCCUCCGCUCCAAAUAGACGCCGAUCGAGUAGCACACUGAGCGAGGAAAUGGGGGUCAGAGGCGCGUCCCGGUUGGCGCCAAUGGAACAGGUGAAU